GUACGAGCCCUCUGUCUGUCGAUAUCAUAAACUUUCUCGCGGUUCCCUCUUCCGCUGCUGGCAGCAACAACGAAAACGGAAACACGAGAAACCCGUCCGCGAUGUCGCUGACGCGAAGACGGAAGGCACGUCGUUGAGACAGGAAAGGCCGAUCGCUCGGUCUGGCUGAUGAAAUGCCCCCGGUCGUCUCCAGAUCCUGGCAAUCUGCGGCCACUAGGGCUGCGGCGGCGGCGGCGGCUGACUCCACCGCCUCCGCCUCCUCCUCCACCGCCCAUCCCGUCGUCGCCAAGGUCGUGCUCUCCCUCGACCCUCUCAGCAACGACGAGUCCACCUCUCCCCAGUUCAAGAUGGAGUUAGUUCAAAAUGAGAUUGCGAAUACCCCAAAGAGCUACUCUUUGAAUAUGUUCAAGGACUUUGUUCCCAUGUGUGUUUUUUCUGAAUCAAACCAAGGAAGGUUCUCAUUGGAAGGAAAGAUGGAACAUAAAUUUGACAUGGAGCCUCAUAGUGAAAACUUCAUGCAGUAUGGCAAGUUAUGCCGUGAAAGAACAAACAAAGCUAUGCUUAAGACCAGGCAAACUCAGGUAUUAACUGGCAAUGUCAAUGGUAUGCAUAUGACGCCGUUGCCUGGUAUGGUUAGUGUCAAUCUGACUGGUGGAAAGGACAAGAAGAAAGCACUACCGACAAAGCCAUCUGAUACAAAACGCACACGAAGAGAUCGCCGAGAACUUGAAAAUAUUAUGUUUAAACUUUUUGAAAGGCAACCAAAUUGGGCUUUGAAGCAACUGGUAGUAGAAACAGAUCAGCCUGAGCAAUUUGUAAAGGAGAUAUUAAACGAUUUGUGUGUUUACAACAAGAGGGGACCCAAUCAAGGUACCCAUGAGCUUAAGCCAGAGUACAAGAAAUCCAGUGAGGAGAUGGACACCGGUUCAUAAUAGAAUUUGAGGAUAGAAGGAGCCACCAUUUUUUGGGUGGGGUGUUUGAGCUUGGUUUUUGUUUUCGUGAUUGAAAGAGCAAAAAACAUGAAGUCAUGGAUUAUUUUGACAUUACAUUGAGGACUGACUUGAUUCUUUCCGUUGAAAUACAGUUUUUACAGGGACAUGUGAUACACUUCACAGAGGCAAAAAACCAAAACAUGUACUUGGUCAUGCCGCCUUUCCACUAAUAACUUAUUAAUCAUGAAAAUAGAUUUUCUGAGAUUUUUCUA